UCUGCGACGAGCACUCGGACUACAAGGACGCCAAGCUGCUGUACCGCUUCCGCAAGGACGACGGGACCUUCCCCCUCAGCAAGGACGUGAAGGUGUUCAUGAGAGGGCAGAGUCUUUAUGAGAAGCUGGUGAGCAUGGAAGAGUCAAUCCUGAAGGUGAGAGAGGAGAACUCGGUCAAGUACCAGAGGACUUUCCUGGGCUGCGAAAUGAUCGACUGGCUCGUCCAGGAGGGAGAAGCGGAGAACCGAAAGGAAGCGGUGGAGCUGGGACGGGCGCUGCUGGAGCAUGGGAUCAUUCAGCAUGUCUCCAACAGGCAUCACUUCUUUGACAGUGACAUCCUCUACCAAUUCUGGAUCAACUUUCGGCGGAGACGCCGUCUCACGGAGUUACUCAAUGAGAACUCUUCUCGUGCCCUCUCUGAGAGCCCGGACAGCCCCUUCUGUCUUCGCAAGCUCAACCCGGACCCAGGCAACACCAGCUUUCUCUCUGUCCAGACCAACAAGGAGAUCAAAAUUGUCUCAGCAGUUCGAAGGAGCAGCAUCACUUCCCUCGCUGGAAACUCCAACCCCUACUUCAGCACAACUCCUACGUUGGUAUUCCCUCCUGUGGCCGAGUGCAACCCCAAAUCAGUGUUAAAGCGACCCGUCACCAAUGAAGAGCUCCUGUCCCCGGGGGCCCCCUACGUCAAGAAAACACUCACUAUUGUGGGGGAUGCAGUGGGCUGGGGGUUUGUGGUCCGAGGAGGAAGACCUUGCCACAUCCAGGCAGUGGACCCAGGAGGACCUGCUGCUGCUGCGGGGAUGAAGGUGUGCCAGUUUGUUUUCUCAGUGAAUGGUAUGUACGUUUUGCAUCUGGACUAUCAGACCAUCAGCAGCCUCAUCAUGACAGGACCACGGACUCUGGUGAUGGAGGUCAUGGAAGCCGUUGAGUGAAAGAGUUUCACCCCACCGUUGUUUGGAAAGGCAGGACACUCGACUAAGCAAAGAUUGACUGUGGGGAGGGA